UUGCCCAAGGUUGCUGCUGUGCGGAGACCCUGAGGUGAAACCACUGUCACCAUGUCUGACCAGGAAGUGAAACCUUCAACUGAGGACUUGGGGGAUAAGAAAGAAGGCGAAUACAUUAAACUGAAAGUCAUUGGACAGGAUAGCAAUGAGAUUCACUUCAAGGUGAAAAUGACAACACAUCUCAAGAAACUCAAGGAAUCAUACUGUCAAAGACAGGGCGUUCCAAUGAAUUCACUCAGGUUUCUCUUUGAAGGUCAGAGAAUUGCUGAUAAUCACACUCCAAAAGAACUGGGUAUGGAGGAAGAAGAUGUGAUUGAAGUAUAUCAGGAACAAAUGGGGUCAUUCAACAGUUUAGAUAUUCUUUAA